GGUUGCUCAGCACAUCCGGGCGCGCCUGCAGCAGCGGGCUGAAAACUGCAUAAUUGAUGAAGGGCCGGCGCAACGCUGGGUGCGCUGGGAGCGUCUCAGGGGGAGGAGGCCAGGGCGGUCGGGCCCCUCCCACUCUGCUUUUUCUCGCGUGUCCUGUCCCCGGCACUGGCAGUGGGCGCCGGGUUACCAGCAAGGGUGCGCAGAGACACAAACGGAGACGGAUCGCAGCAAGCCGAGGGCUCAACAGCGACCUCCAGGACCGACCCGUCCGCGCCAUGCGCUCGCUCACUGGCCUGAGGGCGCUUGUGGCGCCCGGCUGCCCGCUCCUCCUUCUGUGCCUUCUGGCGGCGACGCGCCCGGGUCGGGCAGGAGGCGAUUCCGCAGAUUCAUCUUUUACAAGUCUACCUGUUCGAGAAGAAAUGAUGGCAAAAUACUCAAACCUUUCCUUGGAGAGCUAUAAUAUAUCAUGGACAGAACAGUCCAGUGCCCCAGUAGAAAAAAACAUUACUUUGGAAAGACCUUCUGACCUGGAACUCAUAUGCCAGUUCACGACGUCUGGGGACUUGAAUUCAGUGAAUGUGACUUGGAAAAAAGAUAAUGAAUUUCUUGGGAAUUUUGAUGUUUUCAACACAACUCAAGUGGGAAACACCUUGUACAGUCAGUACAGGUUCAUCAUUUUUAAUAGCAAACAAAUGGGAAAUUAUUCUUGUCUCUUGAAUGGAGAAGAGGAGCUCAGAGGAACAUUUAAUAUCAGAGUACCCAGGGUUCAUGGGAAAAACAAGCCAUUGAUCACUUACGUGGGGGAUUCUACUGUCCUGAAGUGUGAAUGUCAAGAUGGUCUUCCUUUAAAUUGGACUUGGUACAUGAGUAAUGGAAGUGUACAGGUUCCUAUUGAUGUUCACAAGAAUGAUAAGUACGUUAUAAAUGGAUCCUAUGCUAAUGAAACACGACUCAAGGUAAAGCAUCUCUUGGAGGAAGAUGGAGGCUCCUACUGGUGCCGUGCAGUCUUCCAGUUAGGUGAGAGUGAAGAGCACAUUGAGCUGGUGGUGCUGAGCUUCAUGGUGCCCCUCAAGCCGUUUCUCGCCAUAAUUGCUGAAGUUAUUCUCUUAGUGGCCAUCAUUCUGCUUUGUGAAGUGUACACACAGAAAAAAAAGAAUGACCCAGAUGAUGGGAAAGAAUUUGAACAAAUUGAACAGCUGAAAUCGGAUGAUAGCAAUGGUAUAGAAAACAAUGCUCCCAGGCUCAGAAAAAAUGAGUCUGUGGAACAGUGAAUAAAACAGAACAUUUCGCCCUGAGAAGAUGUACAAAGAGUUUGUAUUUCUGCUUCUUUUCAAGAACGAACAUGUGAAUUUUAGAUUUUUAAAAGACAAAAAUUUCCUGCACACGCACAACACAACGGUAGAUUUUUAAACUAUAUAGGCUCUCUCCUACCUAAAGAUGUAUUUUCAUUUUGUAAUUGCUUUUCAUUAAAGCGAGAUAAAUUGUUUCAGAUGUGUUCUGUGAGCUGUAACCUAGAUAAUACAUUUUAUCCUGGUUCGGGAGAUAAGGGGCACAGAACAGACACCAGCAAAAUCAGUUAAUAAUCCACAAAUAAAUAUCACUAAAGAUCUGUUUAUUACCAAAGAAUUUAUGAAAGAGAAAGCUUUUUUGCCAGUUGUCUUAAAAGUGUUUCCCCCAAUCAUUCAUAACUACCUAUAGAAGUAUUUAUAACAGUUUUCAUGUGAAGUGUAUCCUUCUGUGGUAUUGAAAGUGUUUUCUCUAGGAAAUAGAAACUAUACUUUUGAUAAUGGUGGCUACUCUGAAGUCUCCACGCUAAGAUAUACUUUUGCUCCAUAAAUAAUUGUAUAAAUUAAGGGAAUAUAAAUCAUAUGCUUACCCACAGUCAGUAUCAACACCGGAGCUUCACAUCUUACCACACUCAAACCGCCUUUUUAUACUUAAAGCCUAAGUGCUUCUUGGUCUUAAGUAGGACAUUUUCCUUGUUCUUUGCCAUGGGGUUUGGACCUCAUCAGCCCCCCUGGCGUUGAUGUUUCAGAAUGCAGAUCCAUGUGGUCACCGUAUGAUACCGCUACCCGCAUGCCUUUGUGGCUCGCGGCUUCUGGGUACCUUUCUUUGCUAUCUGAUUUCUCCUAUCAUAGCUGGUUAAAGGUAUAAAGCAGUGCCUUGGAUGGUAGAUUAGGUGUCCCUGGUUGCUGCAGGGUUUUUGUGACACACUGCUUCCAGAAAACAGGAUUCCGAACAAUGAGAUAUAGAAAGAGGGGCUGACUUGGGAGGCUAGUAAAAGAAAUCCAUGGUUCUUGGGGAUUGAGGGAUUAGAGGUUGGGUAGAAAGAAUCCAGUGAUUUAACAAUAGAAACUAUUGAAGCAUAUGCCUUGGGCACCACCAGCUAAGGAAAGGACAAGAUUCUGAUAGGGAAAAUUCUGUAACAUGUUUACCAUUAUUACUAGCUAGCAUAAUACAAAUAAGGUCGCCAUGGCAGCUGCUUUAUGUUUUGUUGAUGCAACAAAAUUCAGUAUUUUCUAAUAAUACACGCUAACUCCACAUGUAGAUUAUAUUGAACUAGAGCUUACCUCUUGGUAGUAAACACCCUAAUUUUUCCCUUGCUCUCAUUUAGCCACAUGUUGGCCUUUUUUUUUUUUUUUUUGCUUUAAUUCAUGCUUAAUUUGACAAGAUCGUCUUGAUGAGCUCAUGGCAGCCAGUACAAUUAGUCUAAACAUUUUGAAUUCAGAGAGCAAGUCCCACUCAAAACAGUGUAACUGUGAUUGGAUUGGAUACAUACAAAAGGCCAACAACUAACUUCUCUUACAGAAUUUAUCCAUUUGCUUUGCCGCCACUGGCUAUUUAUGUUGAAAUAGUUUUCAAGAAAAAAAAUGCUACCCGAAGGUAAAAUAAUCUGAAAUACUUAAUACAUUGAAAUGUUGAUGAGCAAUGUGCGCUAUUUAUUUUUCUAACGAAGAUAAGUUAUCUCAGUGAUUUUAAGUAGAAAAGAUUCUCAAAUAUUUAAGUUGAUUUUUGGCCUUUCUGGGUCUCUCUGGAGUUCUUUUGGAAAAUUAUUCUAUGCCCAGUAGAUUAAAAUGGAAUGCUUCUAUUAACUAACCUCAUGGAGAUGAUGAAUGGAUUGUCUAAGGACCAACUGUGAAUUAGCUGCAAAAAAAAC